AUGUCCGCCGGAUCAUACGCUGCCGCCGCCCCCACGCACGUCACUUCCGCCGUCCCAACACCCGAAGCUACUCUUCCUGCCCUCUCCCUCGCGACCGAGCCUGAGGCUUCAUGGACUCGUUUCGUCCCCUCCUCCGUUACUUCAACCGUUGACAGCAUCGCCGCAUGGCGCGCGUCCCUCGGUCUCACCAACCCCGGUACCUUCGAGAACUUGACCGGUAAGGUCCAGAAGGAGGUUCUCUGCGGAAACUACAUGUUCACCGGUAUCAAGGCCGACCUGAGUAAGGCUGUUGCCGUCUCCCCCGUCUUCCACUUGACCCACGGAUUCGCAUUGGGAUCUCAGGUCGCGCCACCAUACUCUUUCGGUGUUUUCUUGGCUCAGGGAUCAUCGUUCUUGAGGGGUUCCAUGGACAGCGAUGGUUCCCUCCAGGCUAUGGCUAACAGCGCUUGGAACUCCAACUCUUACACCCGUGCUCAGGCUCAGAUUUCUUCUGUUCCUGGACAGUCUCUCCUUCAGGUCGAGCACGACUACCAGGGCUCUGACUUCUCCGCUAACUUGAAGGCAAUGAACCCCUCCAUCCUCGACAACGGCAGACUUACUGGUAUCUUUGUCGGUAACUACUUGCAGUCCAUCACUUCUCGGUUCGCGCUCGGUCUCGAGGGUGUUUGGCAACGUCCUCCCGCCUCUGCUGGUCCAGAGAGCGUGAACCUUGCCUAUGUUGCCAAGUACGCCGGUGAUGACUGGAUUGCCGCUGCUCAGCUCCUUGGCGGUGGUAGCGCUAUCAACGCUACUUUCUACAAGAAGUUGUCCGACAAGGUUGAGGCUGGUGUCGAUAUCCAGCUCGUCAACGGUGGCGGUAACCCCAUGAUGGGUCCCCAGAAGCAGGCCGUCACGGCCGUCGGUGCCAAGUACGAGUUCAGAGCCGCGACCUUCCGGGGACAGGUCAACUCUGAGGGUAAGAUUCAGGUCUACCUGGACAAGAGAAUCACCCCCGCUUUGGGUAUGCAGUUUGCCGUUGAUGUCGACCACGCCAAGAACGCUGUCAAGCUUGGUUUCGGAAUGAGCUUGGAGACUGCUGAUGAUGACUUGCAGAAGGAGAUGGAGGCUCAGCAGGCUGGUGCGCCGGGAAUGUUCUAA